GGCUUCACCAACAAGUAUUAUUGAACAAGCUCUUCAAGCGAAUACAACUGAGUGCGAAAGCACUGCGAUCUCAACUCUACGCAACUUUUCGAAUACAAACCAAGUGAAAAAUGUCUCUGCUGCCUUUCAUCCUCGGAUACGACCACCCUCACCGCCUGAUUGACCAAGAUUUCGGGCUGGCGCUGACUCCCGACGAUUUGCUGACGGCUGCGGUGGCUCCUAUGGUGAACCGCGACUACUACCGACCCUGGCGUCAGCUGGCGGCCGCUGCGAGAGACGUCGGCUCCACCAUCAAGUCCGACAAAGACAAGUUCCAAGUCAAUCUGGACGUGCAGCACUUUUCGCCGGAGGAGAUCACGGUCAAGACGGCUGACGGUUAUGUUAUCAUCGAGGGUAAACAUGAAGAGAAAAAGGACGAACAUGGCUACAUUUCCCGGCAGUUCACCCGCCGCUACGCGUUGCCCGAAGGCUGCAACCCUGAUACGGUGGAAUCUCGCUUGUCUUCGGAUGGUGUGCUGUCCAUCAUCGCCCCCCGAGUGGCUCCAGCGCUGAAGAAUGAAAGGUCUGUCCCAAUUUCGCAGACUGGGCCGGUGCGCAAGGAGAUCAAAGACCAGAACCCCCAGGCCAACGCUAACGGACAGGCGAAAUGAGAGAUACCCUCCUCUGUGAUAAAAAAAAGUCAUGCUCUGUGUGUUAGUCUGUGUGUGUAUUAUUUUGUGUUAAUUUGUGAUUAAAGACUGAUAAAAGUUUAAUAUUAAUUUAAGUGUAAAGCGUAAUAAAUUCACAAAUCUACUUCA